UGGAAACUUGAUAACGGCGGUAGUAUAUCUUAAACUACCUUGACUAUUCCUAUUUUACAUACUUUUACACUCUCUUUACUAUCAUUCUCUCCAAAACAAAUAAAUCCUAAACCCUGUUCCCACGGUACAAUAGCAGUGUGUAGAUUAUAUUGGAGUGGUGCUACUGUCUUUAAGAAGGUAACUGUUGUUCCAUAGUGAAACAGCCUGACUUGGGCUGAUGCUUUAGAGACUUCAAUAAGAAUUGCUGCUGUACUGUUCGGAAGUAUGACUUCUUCGCCAUGCUUAUAAUAUCUCCAGUCAGGCAUGGAGCAUUUCUUCCCUAUUUCUUUCUCGCAUUGCUGCAUAAUCUCAGUCUCAGUGACAUCUACGGUCACAAGAGAUACGAUGUGUACCAUGAAUAUUCGGUCAGCCCCCGCGGAACGGAGAAUGCACGACUUCCACUACAUGUAAGCAAAUCCCAAAGCGGAGCAACAACUCCUUUAAAGGGAUGACGGGGCCGGCACGUCGAUCAGAAAAAGGGAAUUACAAGGUUCAAGAGCGAUCGAAUAGCAGAUAAGAGAAGAGAAAGAAAAAAAAAAAACCUUUUGCAUGUAAG